CAGGAGUUGUCUUAACAGACAGAGACAUUCUCUUCAUUAGUUAAGUCCUUUCUCCCUUCUCUCUCCCAGUCUAAGACUCCUCUAGUUCUUGGGAGGAAAACAAUGGGAUUUACCUUGCGCAUGGCUGUUGGAGUAAUGGGGAACGCAGCUUCUUUGCUACUAUAUGCUGCACCAAUAUUAACUAUCAAAAGGGUCAUAAAGAAGAAGAAUACUGAGGAGUUCUCAUGUGUUCCUUAUAUUCUUGCUUUGUUUAACUGUUUCCUCUAUACAUGGUAUGGUUUGCCUGUGGUGAGCAAUGGGUGGGAAAAUUUCCCUCUUGUCACCAUUAAUGGCCUUGGGAUUCUCAUGGAGUGCACCUUUAUAGUCAUAUACUUCUGGUUUGCUUCCUCAAAAGGCAAGAAGUUGGUUGCUCUGGUAGCGCUACCUGUGAUAAUAGCAAUCUUCACCACCACAUUUGUUUCAACAUUCGCAUUGCACAGCCAUCGACAGCGCAAGGUCUUCGUUGGCAGUGUAGGACUGGUGGCCUCUGUUGUCAUGUACGGCUCUCCACUUGUUGUUGUGAAACGAGUGAUAAAGACGAAGAGCGUGGAAUACAUGCCGUUCUACCUAUCCCUCUUCUCAUUCCUGGCUAGUUCACUUUGGAUGGCAUAUGGUCUACUAAGUCAUGAUCUUUUCCUAGCGUGUCCAAAUCUCUUAGGGAGCCCAUUGGGCAUUUUCCAGCUGAUACUAUACUGCAUCUACCGUAAGAAAGGAAUCAUAGAAGAACCAAGCAAGAUGGACAUAGAAACCAAUGGAGUGGAACACAAACCCCUAACUAUGAUCAAUGGCACCAAUGGCAAGAUUUAACUACGAAUAGUUAGAUCUUGCUUUCCUUUCAAAGGUGAAAGUGAUGCCGGCAGUCUCAAUUAGUAAGAAACGAGAUAAUAUAAGGGGGGAAAACAAGUGU